UUUUCCUUUCUCGCUCUAUAAAUCUUUGGGUUUCACAGCAGCUUCAGCAGUUGGGAUUCUGUCGUCGAUAAUGGAGAUGGAAGUGGUGAUUCCGGUACCGGCCGUCGACUUUAACUUCGACAGCGCUUGUUCUACUCCCUUCAUCAGUGCUCCUUCUAGUCCUCAGCGUUUCGGCAGUUUCUUCUCGGCCCCCACCAGCCCCUCACGCGCCUCUGCUUUUUACCGGGAAUUCAACGACUUUAACUUCUCCGGCAGGGACUCUUCCGCCUCCGCCGCGUCCGUUAUCCCUUUUGAUUGGGAGGAGAAGCCCGGAAUUCCGAAGGUGAAGACCGCUGCGACGAGGAGCACUACGCGUGAUGAAGAUGACGAUGAUCAAGACUUUGCAUUUGAUUUCAGUGGCCAACUGGAGAGAACUUCUCUCUCCGCCGACGAGCUCUUCGACGGCGGCAAGAUUCGCCCUCUCAGGCCUCCUCCUCGGUUACAGCUCAGCAACAACAAGCCGGAUGAGAAUUUCAAGAGUGCGAUUUCGUCUCCGAAAUCGCCCAGAUCCCCGAAAAAUAUAUUCUCGCCGCGACACAGAAAGGAUACGGAUCCGUUUGCGGCAGCGAUCGAGCGGACGCGGAAAGAAGCGGGAACUGAACCCCAGUACCACCGCGGAAGAGAACGGAAAACUGGGUCGUCGUCGUCGUCUUCGGCGACAUCGACGGCGGCAACUUCACGGAAAGUGACGAGGUCUUUGUCGCCGUUGAGGGUUUCGGACGUCACAUUUGGAAGCGAACACAGUGUCCCACAGAACAUCAACAAUUCAAAACUUUCGUCAUCCUCUUCAAAAAGUUCCAGAAUAUGGAGACUCAGAGAUUUUCUACUGUUCCGAAGCGCAUCUGAAGGUCGAGCAGCGAGCAAAGACCCACUGAGGAAAUACUCAUUGCUGACCAAGAAGAACGAGGACGUGAAGAACUGUAGCUUCCGGUCCACCGACAGCUCCGGCUCAGUGUCGAGCUCGAGGAGGAGAGGACCGGUGUCGGCGCACGAGAUGCAUUACACAGUGAACCGGGCGGUCUCAGAGGAGAUGAGGAGGAAGACCUUCUUGCCAUACAAGCAGGGGCUCCUGGGGUGCCUGGGAUUCAAUUCAACUGUUCAUGAGAUUUCCAAGGGUUUGGGUCUUUGACACGUGGAUGGUCCAGAUCUCUCGAUCUGGGGGUUUUAAUAUUGUGAUUAUCUUGUUCUUGGACGCCUUUCUUUGCCCAUAACAGUGAAUGAAAAUCCAAAGAUUUGCACAUUUUGAUUCUUGGGUUGGAAAAAUAAUUUCUUAGUAUAAGAUGAAUUUAAUCA